CUGAUAUUGAGACCUCGAAGCGAUAUAUACUCGAGUGACGAGAGAGUGCAUGAUAGAAUGAGUACAAUUAUUAGCUAAAACAUUAUUCCAAUACAGCUGGUACGAAAGUGUAUAGCUUUUUUUUAUUAUGAUCUUCUCUUUGAACGAACUGGUACACUGGUUAGGCUUAACCAUAUUUGAAAUAUGGAUAAACUUAGUCGCCUUGGCAUUCUUCACCGUGUUGCUAGCUCUAAAGUUAGAUGAAAAUUACUUCUUGGGACCGUCGGGAUGGUGGGAAGUGUUUUCGCCGCUCUUUAUAGCCGACGGCUUGAAUACAUAUUUUUGCGCUAUUAUAUUCAUAAGAAUGUACAUGGAAGGAAUGAUCAGGGUGGGCGUCUUACGAGCGUUGUGGAGUCAAAUAUCAUUGCUGUUGGUCUUCGUCUUUAAGUAUCUUCUGUGUAAAAAGCUCUCUGGACAGAGCACGUUGGAGUACUCCGAAGUUUUGAGUCCUGUAUUCAUCCUCCUGCAACUGAUCGCCGUCAGAGCUUGUCAGUUACAUUGAGUGGUACCAGGGGGUUGGUCACUGAGGUAAUUCAGCGGCAAUCCAAACGAAAUCUUGGGUAAUCCGAUAUACUUGGGAUAAUAUGAGAUAGUAUUGGAGUAUCUGAAGUAAUUCGAGGUAGUGUUAGGUAAUCUUGCGUAAUCUGAGGUAAUUUAAGGGUAAUUUUUGUACACUAGCCGCCAGUGGCCAACCCCUCGAGGGAAACGCAGAAGCUUUCCUAUAUGCACGAUACUACUUCCUCAAGCGUCUGUAAUAUGUGAGAACAUACGUUAAUAUGAUACACUUGUAUAUAUAAUGUUACAUUUUGUCAGGCUCAUUAUUUGGAUUAAAUUAUUUGAUGCAUUUUA